ACUUCACUCCAUCGCUAUUCCAUCGACUGAUGAGCUUUGUGAAAACUAGUUCGUUGGUGAUGGGGCGCCACAGCAGCAGCAGCAGCAAAGCCGAGGCCGGCAGCGAGCAGCACAGCAAGGAGGACAAGCAUCACAAGCACAUGGAGCAGCUCGCCCAGCUCGGCGCCGUCGCGGCCGGAGCAUACGCGCUGCACGAGAAACGUAAGGCGAAGAAGGACCCGGAGAAUGCCCGGUCACACAGGAUCAAGGAGGAGAUCGCAGCCACGGUCGCCGUUGGUAGCACCGGUUUCGCCUUCCAUGAGCACCACAAGAAGAAAGACGCCAAGAAGCACGGCCGCCAUUGAUCUCGGCACAUAUAUAUACCAUGUAUAGGCGGCAGCGCUCUAGCUACUUAU